GACUUCGAUUAUCGGAAAAACGAAUGUUUCCAUGUCCGGACAGGAACAAAUGGUUGGAGACUCGAGACGAAAUAUAUGAAGAGAUUAUGACACGCGCAUGGAAUCCUGAACUAAGAAUGUUCUCUCAGUCGUAUGAAUCCCCGAACGUAUUGGAUUCAUCAUUAUUAAUUAUGCCGUUGGUAUUUUUUAUAAGUCCGACUGACCCGAGAUUCUUAGACACUAUGAACCGAAUAUUACGUUCACCUGGAAAGGGGGGUCUAACAGCAAAUAAUUUUGUAUACAGAUAUGAUACUCAUGUUGUUGAAGACGGCGUCGGAGGACAAGAAGGUUCAUUCUCGAUGUGCACAUUCUGGCUAAUUGAAGCUCUUACUCGUGCUGGCCGAUUUGACAAAGACAAGCGUGAACGCGCUGAAUUCAUAUUCGAGCAAAUGAUUGGAUUUGUUAACCAUCUUGGAUUGUAUUCAGAGGAAAUUGCACAAUCGGGCGAGUUAUUAGGAAACUUUCCACAGGCGUUUACGCAUAUUGCAUUUAUUAGUGCCGCGUUCAACCUGGAUCGUGUUCUUAAUGAUACGCGUCGCUGA